AUGGAUGUAGAUUUACUACGACCGGGCACUGUGCCCAUAUCCCCUGACACAGUAUUUUGGUUUGAAUUUUUAUUAGACCCCAAUUUAUUGAAGAAACAUUUAAGUAAACCCAACCCAGAGCCAUCAGCGUGUGACUUAAUAGAAGAAUUCCUGACAGUAGACACUAAAAAUGCCAACUCGAAACCAACAAGUGAACGGGUGGUUGAUGUUGAUGCACCUCCUAGUCCUCCAUCUACGAGCACUCCUACAUUACAGUUCACACGCAAACAACUUGCUUUAAAAAUCCUUGCACUAAAAGUUGCAUCAACAUUAAACUGGAAUUUAGAUAUAUUUGAAAGAAAGCUUCCUCCACCAACUCAACAACAUCUAAUGCAAGAUCUGGUUUAUAUGGCCACAGAUACUACUUUUGCGGUACCACCACAGGAAACAACACCAGAACUCUUACAAAAACCACAGGCACAAUUUGCCCUCACUUUAUACCAUAGAUGGGUGUUAAGAUUUCCAGUCAAAGCUGCUCUAUAUUCCAAAUCAGCAAAAAUGUCUUUAGUUCAUAUGCCUGGAAUGCAAGGAGAUACUACCUACAACCCAAUGAAUCAAAAUUUUGAAAAAAUCUUGCGAAUGUGCGAAGCAUCACGUAUGCAAAGUAUUAAAUACCUAGACAGUGUGUUAUCAUUUUACGACACUACGUUAGGUCGUAGAGAACCCCUUAAAAUUAAAAUCCCCGUAAUGGAAGCAUUUGCUCAUCUGACAGAAGAUUCUGAUGAACUAAAUCACAAUUGGGAUGCUGGAGACAUUCUUAUAAGCCAGUAUGAACUAGCCAUGCAAAUACAUUUCGAUUUAUGCUACAACUAUUUCUUUUACGGUCAGCAUGAUUUAGCCAAACAACAUAUUUUGGGGUGCAGGGAGAAUUCAGACCUUCUAGAAAAAGAAAUAUCAAUCUCUGGUUAUGGCACACACAAAACUAUGCCAUGGGGUGAAUUCUACUAUGCAAGUAUGACUAAAGAUGACAUUUUAGGUUACAUAAGGGCAUUGAAUCUUGGUUACGAAGUUUUGAAUGAGGAACCAACACUCUUACAAAAACUUCAAGAAUCAAUAGCUAACCAUUACACAGGGAUAAUAGCUAUCUUACAGGCAGAUAAUCUGGUGCGAGAAAUACCAAUGGUUCAUAGAGAGGUUGUGGAGCUUGAUAUUCAAGGCUCUGCUUCGAGUGGAGCGUUUACAGUAGCUAGAGAUCUAUUGAAUAGAGUUUCAGCCCUUAAUGCAGUUAGAUAUGCUCUUGAAGGGGGUAUACCCUCUACACAUCCAGACUUUUUGAACAAAUUUAAAAGUUUGGGCAUUAAGUUUUUCGAUUUACUAUUUUGGGCUCUAGCGCCGGUGUUAACGUCCAAUCUAUCUGACGAUGACUGGGAAAAGCUUAAAAUAUUCUUUCUCCAUCUGGCUACUUCACAGUGCAAAAUACCCAUUGACAAAAUAGAUGAAUACCUAAAAAAAUAUGUCGGUGAAUCAGCAGAAAUUAUAAGAAAAAGAUUAAUAUCUAACGAGCAUUUAAGUCGAAUAUUAAAUGAUCCAAAUAACAUAGACGACGAAAACAUAGAUCUUCCAAGAGAACUUUUAACUGAUGAUUGGGAAACGCCCGAUUUUGAAUUCAAGCCUGUACCAGAGUUGGAAAUGGGGAAAUUGAAAAAGCGCCUAAUUGAGGCAUCAACGGCGGACGAUGUCCGUAUGUGCUUAGUAAAGUUAGCAACAAUGGCGCCUUCUUCGCCUUUAUGGAAACUUAGUCCUUCAUGGAAACCUCCUGGUGGUUUAGAGACUGCUUUGAUAUCUUUACCACGAGGAUUUUUGCAAGACUUUGGAUAUGUAGUAUCGGGUGCGGCUAGAGCUCGAGCAGAGGCAGGGUGUGCGCGAACUGCUUUAUCUCUGCUUUCAGUGUUAGAAGGGGAAGCUAGAAGUCAAUUAGGUGGUGGAUCAGACCCUACAUUAUACCGUCUCUGUCGCCACUUAUCCUGGGAAGUGCUUUUACUUCAAGUUAAUGUAGUGAUGUCCGAGUGGCCUCAUCACCGUAUCAAUUUGACGGUCUUAGCUAAUAAAUGCAAAGCAUGUAUAGCGGCGGCUACAUCUACUGACAGUAUCGUUCCUCGACCUCAAGUCAUUGAAGCAUGCUGGAUUUGCUUAGUGAAUGCUUGCGAGUGGGAAGGGGCGGGUGUAGUGAAUGGACCAGGGGAGGUGGCCGCGGCUCUGUGUGCUGCUUGCUUUGAGCUGCAAAGAGGGAAAGGUGUUAGAAAGUUCCCCAGGCCAUUGUGGGACUAUGCACUUUCGAUAUAUAGCAAUGGAUCAAACGGCGCUGUUAAACGGUCAGCCGGUGGGGCGCCUUCACAUUCACGGGACACAAACGCGGCUGAAGCACGUAACGCCUUCAACGCCUUUCUUUCGACUCUUCGCGAGCCCCUCGCAGUCAGUGUGAUGAUGUCCUUGCUAGCUAGAAUCCAUAACCUACUUAUAGACGAUAGCUCCUUGGAGCUGGUAGUAGAAUAUACAAACCUGUGGCCAUCCAAUAUAUCCAAUAUGAACAAUUACAACAUAAAACACGUACUGGAGUCUUUGACAGAUUUACUGGAAAGGAGCUUGAAGUUGUAUCCAUAUAAUACGUCAUGGUUGCGUCUCUACGGCGAUGUAGAGAUGGCAUGUGGCAGAUGGGCGGCGGCUCUCCGUCGCUACCUGUGCUCGUUGGCAGCGGCCACAUGGCACUUUGCCAAGCGCGCGCCGGACGAGGGCGCGCUGGCGCGUCGCGCGGCGCGCUGCUGCCAGGCGCUGGCCGCGCCCACGCAAGCUGUGGCGCUCUGCCAGCUACCAGAGGAACCUGAUUACCCUACCGCCUUCAAAUGUCUCGCUGAAAAGACGGGUAACGCAGUAGAUGCAAUGGAUGGGUACUAUGGGUGUCUAUGGGAUGGCACUCUUUUAGAGGUCGCAGUGGCGCUACACGCUAGGAGGGGUGAGGGCGGGAGACGUGCGCGCGCGGUCAAGGCGGCCGGCGCCCUGGAACUAAACGCGAAUAACAGUGAGGACAUACAAAGAGAAGCCGCAGCGAUACGACGUGCUAGACUCCUGAGAGCACUUACUAACCAAUAUGUCGCU